AUGGCACAGUGGUGGCAGUUCCUGCUAGGGUUGUGGACAGUCAUGCCCACCUGGACUGCGGACAAACUGCUCGAUGUCUGCAUGAGCACCAAACAUCACAAGAGAGAGCCAGGCCCAGAAGACAAGCUCUAUAUGGAGUGCAUGCCGUGGCAGGACAAUGCCUGCUGCACCGCCUCCACAAGCUGGGAAGCCCACCUGGACGUGUCCCCCCUCCAUGACUUCACCCUGAUUCACUGUGGAUUGCUAACACCUCACUGCCGGAAGCACUUCUUUCGGGCCAUCUGCUUCUAUGAGUGUUCUCCUAACCUGGGGCCUUGGAUCCAGCCGAUGGACCCCAGUGGGCAGACAGAGCGGGUUUGGAAUGUGCCCCUGUGCAGGGAGGACUGCAAGCAGUGGUGGGAUGACUGCAGAUCCUCUUACACUUGCAAGUCCAACUGGCAUGGCGACUGGGACUGGAAUCGGGGGAGGAACAGCUGCCCUGCAGAGGCCCCCUGCCGCCCUUUCCCUGAAUAUUUCCCCACUCCAGCUGACCUGUGUGAGAAGAUUUGGAACAACUCCUUCAGGGCAAGCCCUAACCACAGGAACAGUGGACAGUGUCUGCAGAAGUGGUUUGAGCCUGGUCAGGGCAACCCCAAUGGGGCUGUAGCCCACAUCUUCGCUAGUCCUGGCCCUACCAGGAAACUCUCCUACACCCUCAUGGCCUUUUCCAUGUGCCUAUCCUUCCUCCCCUGA